ACUACCACAUGCGGGGAGAACACUUCCUGCAACUAUCGGAAGCAGGUGGCUGCAGCAAAAGCAAACAGCGUUGAAGGAUGUUAUGGUCGAACAGUUGUAUGAGUCUGAAGUCAUUGCUAUCCGUUAGAUGUUGGGCAGAAUAAUUAGCCCGCUGUUGAUCAGAAGACCACAUCUUAUUUGGAAACGUAACCUCCUCACCAUGAAGUUGAAGACCUGUGAAUUCCAGUCCUUGUUGUCAGAAGGAUUGAACGCUGUAGCAGGUCUAUUUGAAAAGCACCAGUUUGAGUUGAGAAUUGCAGGGGGUGCUGUCCGCGACCUGCUAUCGGGCAAGCGCCCAGAGGAUGUGGACUUUGCCACAACGGCCACUCCGGAGGAGAUGAAGCGCAUGUUCCAGGCGGCGGGGAUCAGGAUGAUCAAUAACAAAGGGGAGAAACACGGGACCAUCACUGCCCGACUUCACAACGAGAACUUUGAGGUGACCACUCUCCGAGUGGAUGUGCAGACGGACGGACGGCACGCCGAGGUGGAGUUCACCAAGGACUGGGAGAAGGACGCAGAGCGCAGAGACCUCACCAUCAACUCCAUGUUCUUAGGGUUAGAUGGAACCCUAUACGAUUAUUACAAUGGAUAUGAAGACCUGCAGAACCGCAAAGUCCGGUUUGUGGGCAGCGCUGAACAGAGGAUCCAGGAGGACUACCUGAGGAUCCUACGCUACUUCAGGUUCUAUGGCCGGGUGGUGCCCGAGCCCGGGGACCACGAGCCUGAGACCCUGGACGCCAUCAGGGACAACGCCUCUGGCCUGGCGGGCAUCUCCGGGGAGAGGAUCUGGGUGGAGCUGAAGAAGAUGGUGGUGGGCAGCCAUGCCGGUCACCUGCUGGAGCUCAUGUAUGACCUGGGCCUGGUCCAGUACAUGGGUUUACCACCAGAUGGCGACAUUGAGGAGAUGAAACGCGUGUGGCAGAACGCCAAGGAUUCUUCCCCCAAGCCCAUGACUGUCUUGGCCGCGUUCUUCCACCGGCCAGAGGAGGUGGACAAGAUGGACCUAAGGCUCAAGGUGUCCAAAGAGGAGAAGACUCUGGCUCAGUUCCUUGUAAAACACAGACGAGAACUGCACAAGUGUCCGGACAACCCAGACAGCCUCACCCCCUUCACAGACUUCAUCAUCGAUAGCCGCGAGUUGGACUCCAAGCUCAAGGUGUGCGAGCUGCUCAAGUACCAGGGCGAGGCCCGGCUGCUGGCGGAGCUCACGGACUGGUCCACCCCGCGCUUCCCUGUCAGCGGCCACGACCUGAGGAGGCUGGGCGUCACCUCGGGCAAGGAGAUCGGCAGCACCCUCCAGGAGCUCCGCGACGUGUGGAAGAAAAGCCGCUACCAGAUGGACAAAGAGGAGCUGCUGAGCCACGUUCAUCACUGAGCCACCGUCGACGGGGCCCUUCAGCGAGGCGGCGGGGGCGUCUGUCCAUGAUGGCCACGUGUGGGACUGCGUGAGGCGGGGGGGAUUGAAC